AUGGCAGGUGCAAUGGCAGGUGCAAUGGCAGGUGCAAUGGCAGGUGCAACGGCAGGUGCAAUGGCAGGUGCAAUGGCAGGUGCAAUGGCAGGUGCAAUGGCAGGUGCAAUGGCAGGUGCAAUGGCAGGUGCAAUGGCAGGUGCUAUGGCAGGUGCUAUGGCAGGUGCAAUGGCAGGUGCAAUGGCAGGUGCAAUGGCAGGUGCAAUGGCAGAUGCAAUGGCAGGUGCUAUGGCAGGUGCAAUGGCAGGUGCAAUGGCAGGUGCUAUGGCAGGUGCUAUGGCAGGUGCAAUGGCAGGUGCUAUGGCAGGUGCAAUGGCAGGUGCUACGGCAGGUGCAAUGGCAGGUGCAAUGGCAGGUGCAAUGGCAGGUGCAAUGGCAGGUGCUAUGGCAGGUGCUAUGGCAGACACGGAGGGGCUGGGGAGAGACAAGCGCACGAUGAUACAGCAGGGCGGGGCACACAGGUGA